UCUUUUUCUCUCUCUCUCUCAAAUUGUAAACAAACACAGAUGGAGAUAGCCGUCGUGCUUCCCCCUUCCCGCGGCGAAAUCUCUCUCUCUGAAAUUUCGCUGCUGCGGUUCUUCAGUGGCGUCAGUCGCUGCUUCUGAAUCCGACGAGGCCCAUUUGAUGGCCAUAUCGCAAAACCCCAUUUCAAAAUUUUGAAAACCCUAAAAUAUGGAAAGUUGUUGCCUCGUCAGUGACGAAGGGCUGAAGGCAGUGGAGGAGCUCGCUUUGGUGUCGUGUGAUGGGUUAGAGGGGGUAAGGUUGAGGGGCUGUGGCAGAUCGAGCGACGAGGCGGUGAUUGUGAUGGUGAGGAGUUGCAGGAAUUUGAGCGGUGAAAAUUAAGGCGGUGAGGCAGACAUGGAUGAGAGGUUGUGCGUCCAGGGGUGGCGGUGGUGGUGGCCAAUUCAACACACACACACAUACACACAGAGACAAUGAGGGCGGUGGAAAUCGAGGCGGCGACGGUGGCCUAUUUUGUUGCUGUUUGCAAAUGGAGAUUGGGGGCCGUUGUUUGUAGAUGGAGAUUGACAAACAUGGCUUUUGUACCUCAAUUCCACAUGAUUUGUUGUCAUUUCUCUUCGUAUUUUGCUUGUCAAUGCGUGUUUGUACCCUAGUGUUGAGAUUUAUGACGAUUUGAUGUUUGGUUAUAGAUUUUGUGUGAUUUUAGGGAAAAUCAAAGAUAAAUUUGAUAAUUGUGAAAAUAUGAGGUUGAAGUACAUCUCGAGAGGAAUCCAUAAGCGCAAACGGGGACCAAAUCAGAGUUCGAACGAGGGAGAACGGAGCCGAACAAGCGGACUGCGCACAGAGCCCAGGACCCCGCGGUUCCGGUCUGUGGGAAUGACCGCGGGACUCUACUCCAAAAUCUUCCAAAACGCACCCGCGGGCACGACCUCGGUCCCCUUCAAUAGCUUCUCCACGGUCUUACGCCACGGUCACAGCGAAGGCAGAAUUGUGUGUUCUUGUGGGCCCAAACGGGAUUUUUGAACCCCAACACCAUACACCUAGGGAUGUCAAAGCAGCCUGAAACCCGUGGGCCGAUCCGAAUAACCCGACAAAAUUAGAGGGUUAGGGCUGAAAAAUCCCAACCCGAUUACAAAUCGGGCUUAUCGGGCUAGCCCGUUCGGGCUGGCGGGUUGAAGCGAGCCAGCCCGUUGGGCUGCUGAAUUUUAAAAAAAAAUUGAAAAAAAUAGGAAUUUGAAAUAAAAUUUUAGGGUUAUGCUUUUGAGUUAUGCGGCUUAUGCCUGCGCCUCCUCCAUUCUUCUUCCUCCCUUCUUUUCCCAAUUUCAAUUCACCUCGCCGCGCCGUCCGCUGCAGCCGCUGUUUGCCACUGACCCGGAAACACCAGGUCAACCACUGUUGCACGCCGGCACCACCACGACACGACGCCUCCACUCGCGUCAGCCGCCGCCUAGAACUACCAGCUCGAGUCGCCGCCUCAGCCGCCACCACCUCCGGCCUCGGGCUCACUUCACCCCUGCAUUUGGCCGCCUCAGCUAUCACCACCAGGUCCACCACCACCGCCUCUGCCUAAAGCUUAAGAUGGUGAAGAUGAUGAGCAAGAAGACAUGGAUCAAGUUGAAGCACCAAAUAUUAUCAAUGUUGAAGAAGAGUGUUACUCAAAUGUUUAGACUUUAUAUUUAUUUUUGAGAUGCUUUGUUUCUUUAAUUUCAAACUAUUGUUGAAUAUUUUAUUUUUAUUUUUUUAACAAGUUGAGCAUUUUAUUGUUAUUAACUUAUUAUAUGUUAUGUGAUUUUGAAUA